AAAAGACCGCCCACCGGGCAACGGCGGAGGAGAUCACAUCCGGCAAUCCUUUCGGGGUUUGUAAGAGAAAAAAAAUGGAGGACUCACCCCAGCUGCAGGCUGUCAAUCAACGCUGAGACUGGAUGACUUUUUUCCCUGAGACAGACAUCAGAAUGACUUGAAAAAGGCUGUCUAGUUGAAACACUGCGAGCUUAGUGGUUUUCCAAAACAGUAUCGCGAGAUUCCUAGUCAAGUCCCGGCCGCGUGAGUCCUCGCGUGCACGUGGUGUGGCACUCAGUCCCUAUCGCAGCUAGAAGUGUACCGUUAAAGCAGAUAUGGAGCCCGCUGAACUAUGGAACGGUCUACCGCCAUGGGUUCCAGGUCCGGUCCAGCCCAGUCCAGUCGCCUUGGACUCUCCGACCCGAGACCCUCAACCGCAUCUUCAGAAAGGAAACCAUAGAUCACGUGUCUGUGUGUCACAGCUAACGGUCACGAUCGCGUCCCCACUCAACCACAUUCAGUGCAACCCACCAAUUUGCUCCAUCCAGCAUGUCCGACGAUGAAAUGAACAUUGACGACGUCGGUGCUGGAGGUGCCGUUCGCAGACGUGGACGUGGAUUCCAAAACCCGGGAGGUAACGACGGAACAGUUACUGCGGAGCCUACGUACGACAGAGUUGAGAGCUCGCAUGCUAAGGACGAUACCCGCGCCGCCCGAUCCGUCGAGGGGUGGAUAGUCCUGGUUACAAAUGUACACGAAGAGGCAACCGAGGAGGACGUGACGGACAAGUUUGCUGAGUUCGGGGAGAUAAAAAACUUGCAUCUCAAUCUUGAUCGGCGCACGGGCUAUGUCAAAGGAUACGCCCUGGUCGAGUAUGAAACAAUGAACGAUGCUCAAGCUGCUAUCGACGGUGCAUCGGGCACCACGUUGCUGGAGCAGACUCUCCAAUGCGACUACGCAUUCGUUCGGCCGCCACCGACCGGCCCGAAGAAGGGGGGAAGAGGACAAAGAGGGCGCAGUGCUAGCCCAAGUCGCCGCCGAUGAACAUGUACCUUACUUAGUUAUCAGCAUUGAUUGUAAAGAGCGUGCAAUCGUUUUGCGUUUGUUGACUAGUGUGACUGUUGUGUCACGCGUCGCAUCUUGCCCCAGCACUCACCCGUGUUCCAAUGCCUGUCAAGUCUGCGGCAAGCGAAGACCAGACGAAGUCGAAGAGAUCGACCCCUGCUAAUGGCAAGAAGACUGGCUCCGAGGCUGGGGACAGCGAGGGUGUGAGCGAUGUGGCAGAGACGGAGGAAGCAGAGGGCGAAGACGACGAGGAGGAAGAGUAUGAGAUAGAAGUCAUCCUGGACAUGAGGAAGGAAGGUGGAGCAAAAAAGUCGUACUUCGUCAAAUGGAAAAACUAUGGCGAUGAACACAAUAGCUGGGUCACUGAGGAGGAUGCAGGCAAUGCCCAGGAGCUCAUCGACGAGUUCUUAGCUAAGCGCAAGAAGAAGAAGGACGCCGCGGCCGAGUCUACAAGUGCACGGAGACAGGGUGCUCGCUCCUCUAUGACUGCAGCGAACACGACGGAUGACGCGUCCGACGACGAGUCUACGUCCGUUGCCAAGAAGCGCGGUCGUAAGUCGGAAAGUGCCCAAGCUCGUUCAGCUAAAACGGGAGGGAAAGAAAAGGCCGACGAACGACCAGCAAAGAAGCAGCGUACGAGCAGGAAGGCGACUCAGGAGCAAGAACCGACAGAGCUCCCUGCAGAAGACGAGCUUGGGAACAUGUCAGAGCACAUGUCAGUCGCUUCCUGGGACCAUCUCGUCGACCGGAUCGACACCGUUGAACGAUCUGGAAAAGAACUCCAGGUUUAUUUUACCUUGAAAGAUGGCCGACGUAUCAGAGAGCAGUCUUCUGUCUGCGCGGAAAAGCUCCCUAGGAUGUUGAUUGACUUCUACGAAGCCAACCUGCGGUGGAGGGAGGCUACCGCCGCGAAUUAGAGCGCCUACUCGACGAUCUAAUAGGAUGCUUUCGAAAUUGUUGUAGUCUUCUCUGUGCACAUCUCCAGUCAUACUGACGCCUCUUAUCUCUUGGUCAAAUCCUGUUUCUGACGUGGUUAUGAUUCGAUGUCGUACACCAUUGCAACGACAGAGUAAAAUCCGAGGCCGGGGAAGGUCAUUGAUUGGCGUGUGUCACGCUGGGAAGAAGAGGCUUUCUCAAUCCGCGUUCUCCUCCUCGGAUGGAGAUAUAGAGGAAACAUUGACAUCACUUCAGGAUGACAAAGGCAUAGGCAUAAGGUAUGCCGCAUUAGAAACCAGCACCCAUGACUAAGCGUCACACCGUGACAAACAGCGACGGAAAAUGACGGCGGCCACAGAGGGAAUAUAGCCAAAGCACUCACAUGAGGUGUUUCUAGAGGCCUUUAGAGCACCUGCUAUCUGAACCGAAUCUUUCAUUAUGCCUCCUGGAGAGCAUGAUAUGAGGCUCAAGCAUUUUGCAUCAAAAGUUUCCUUUUAUUGUAGAAAGUGAUUUCCCACUGAACUGAGCAUUUUUUAAUUUUGGGUCGGAAGAUUUGACCAUUCACGUGACUUCCUAAUUGGGAAGUGGCAGUGCUACUAGCGUCGAGAACCCCUUCUGUAGUCAUAGUAGCCAUACAAAAGCUCAAUUAUCCUUGGGACACCCAUUUUGGAUCACUUUUGGUGCAUACAAGUCCAUCGUUAUACCAAAAAAGAAGGGCUGCAUUUUUCGGACCGUGGAUUUGACCGUCACGUGACCGUCACGCGCUGCUUACUAAGGGGUGCUGGU